AUGGCCAGAACCUCCAUCUUCGACAUUGUCGGCUCAACUCCGCUGGUGCUGCUGCCGGUCGAUGUCGCCGGCCAAGCCGGAUCUCUGUAUGCCAAGCUCGAGUUCAGAAACCCUGCUGGAUCAUUCAAGGAUCGGCUUGCUGUCGAGAUGAUCAAAGAGCUCGCCAACCAAGACGACAUCAAGACAGUGGUUGUUUCCUCUGCUUCGCUCGCGUUGAGCCUGGCCACCUUCUCCGCCUCAAAGUACAGGAUCCUGGCUGUGAUCCCCGACGGCACCUCCGAUGCAAAGAUCGCCCAGCUCAAGUUCCUUGGCGUGGAGAUUGUACGCACUCCAAGCAACCAUAUGACCCACCCAGAUGCUCCCGAGUCGCCGUACUCGACCGCCCAGCGCAUUGCGAACGAGACCCGAAACACUGUUCUCUUGGACGAGCUUCGAUUUGACCGCAGCGACGCCGUCUUUCGUUCGCUGAUCGACGAGAUCCUGGAGCCGUUUGGGCAGAGCCCUUUGAGCGCCUUGGUGCUUGUUGUGACUCGGCUUGAGGGCCACAUUCGUCAGAGAAUUCAGUCAUCUGCCUACGUCGACGAAUGGAUCACCGUCGCUGCUCAACAGGCUGCUCUGCUGGCCUGCAAGGCUGCUAAGCGAACCGGUGUGCUCGGGGGCCUCUUGGCGGGGUCGGUGCUCGCUGUUGCUGCGGAAAAGUCGGUGCCGGCAGCCCGAGUCGUUGCGGUUUGCGACGAUGGCUUUUAUGACCAUCAUAGUACCUUGCAAAACUCUGACUGGCUCAUCGCCAACGGCGUGUUUGAGGCUUCCAGCGUCGAUUCACCUGCCGACAAGUACAGGGGCGCUAGCGUCGAGGAUUUGCAGCUUCCGGAGGCCGUCAGCGUCCUUGAGACUUCCACGGUCGGAUUCGCCAUGGAUCUGAUGAUCAGCCGCGACUUUUCCCAGUUGCCUGUCAUCAACACCAACCGGAAGAUGGUUGGAUUUGUCUCCCUUGGAAACCUGCAGUCGCUCAUCAACACUGGCGAGCUUGGCGAUGUGAACGACGCUCUGUCCAAGUGGAUGUAUUCGUUUGAACGCAAGAAGAAGGACCUGCGCAUCAUCACACCCGCCACGCCGCUGGCCGAGCUGGAGCACUUCUUUGAUCACAACCCGGCAGCGUUCGUCACAGACGAGAGCGCAAAGUUCCCUCUUGCCGUUCUCACAAAGUACGAUAUUCUCAAGUUCCUUGGCAAGCGCGGUUGAGCUGUGUGCUUCCCGUACCAUUGGUGCACCGUAGAGCCUCCAAAAUGGCGCCGUGCUCCGUCGCCGCAAUACACCGUUUUCUUGCAUCCCUUUUGCAUCCCACGGCGAUUCCACGACAUCGCAGCUCCCGCAUUGCGAUCCCAAUAUGUGCCAUACUGAGGUUGUCCUGGACCAACCCUCCGCUGUUCAACUGAUACCAUGACCGUCGAGACGGUCGAUAGUCCGGGAGCAUCGGCAGCGAGUGUAUUGCGUUGCUGCCCGCUCAGCAGCACGGCUGCCCAGUGUCGGAGGCCGAGGUGCAGAAACAACAACACGCGAUGUCAUAAUCCCAGUGUCGCAAUAUCCCGAGUAUAUUGGCCACGAGCGGCGGCGCGGCCGGCUGAGACCAGCACCAACGUGCUUAUGCUUAGAGGUAGAGAC